CUCUUUCGUUUGAAGUCUAUUUCAUUUUCCCGCAGAAAAUAGGGUGUCGAAUCUGUUCUAUAACCUCCGUUAUAUUUAUCACUAUUUAAAGAUCGAAGAUGUAUCUUUUAUGAUAAUUGUGGAUUAAUUCGUGUAAGGAUUGUUCUAAGUGAUGUUGUGUAAGAUCAUUUGUGUUCUUGCGAUAAUUCUGUAGCGUUUUUAAAAAUUAAACAUGGCCUCGAAUCGAGGAAUUCAGAUUGGAUCCGCGUGGUUUCAACGGAAGCUUAACUUAAGACCGCAACACAGGGGCGUGCACCUCGUCACCGAGGAGAUCCUAAAGCAGGUGCCCGAAUUGUCACAGUUUGCGGUCGGUCUCUGCCACAUCCAAAUAAUGCAUACAUCGGCUAGCCUUGCACUUAACGAGAGCUGGGAUCCCGACGUCAGAGACGAUAUGGAAAUGAUGCUCAACAAAAUAGUGCCAGAAGGUCUCCCUUACCGCCACUCGUGCGAAGGUCCCGACGAUAUGCCCGCCCACGUCAAAGCCUGUUUCCUAGGUUCGUCGCUGACGAUUCCAAUCACAGAUGGAAAAUUGAAUUUAGGCACAUGGCAAGGCGUUUGGUUGUGUGAACAUAGGAACCAUGCUGGUAGCAGAAAGGUGGUGGUGACGCUGUCGGGCUGCCCGCGCGACUCGCCGCUGUCGCCGGUGUCGGCCGCGUCGUGCUCCAGUUAGGAGCGGGGGGGGG